CUGGGUAUGACAAAGCUAUCUAUAGAAGAGUCUGUAAUAUAAUUCUUCUGGAAUUAUUUGUGUUUUCAUCAUUAUUACAUUAAACGAGGAAAUGUACAGCUUCAACGGAGAUUUUAGACAGAAACCCGUCCAGUCAUUAAGAGGAGCGAGCAGAAAUGUAAAUAAUGGUUGUUUUUAAUAACUUCUCUACUAUUGGGCCUACCUACUGUGACUAUAUGACUAGCCUACUUACUAAUUGAUACUAAUUUACUAAUACCGUGAGUGACGGUCUUAGUCUUAGUCAUUAGUUUAACUAAUACUAAUUAGUAGUCUAGAACUACUAGAAGAAUUACUAGAUCGUCAAAAAUCAUUAUCGUCAUUGUUUUGUUUGUGAUAACUAGUAUUAACUAAUAAUUACUAAUACUAAUAAUAAAACCAGAAUUUUUAAAUAAUAGUAUUAAGAUUAGAUGAAGGAGUUAAUCAAAUCUAGACUCUAACUCAAAAUCCCAGUCUGUGACUGUGAGCUAUGGCCCUUGCCUUAGUCAAUCAUGUUCGGAAACCAGUCUUGGACUGGAAGUGGCUACUAAGACUAAGGCUACUAUAUCAUAUAUGAUAUAUGACAUUAUAUUAAUUAAGGGAAGCGUAUUUGCAGAUAUCUGAAUAAUGUUGAGCGUUAUUCGCAGAUAUCCUGCAAAUAAUGUUGAGCGUUAUCGACAGACUGAAAUCUUAGUGAAUAAUGCAGAGCCUUAUUUGCAGACAGAAAUUUUCUCAUAAUUACGCAAAUUUCCCCAUAAUUACGCAAAUUUCUAGAAAUAAUUAAGAUCGCAUUCCAAACAGGGGGGGGGGGGGGGGGAUAUGAGUUUUAAGUAGUGUAGGAUAUAUCGAUCUUUAAUGAGUAUGUGUAAAAUUUAAUAGGCCUAACUAUAGCCUAUAUAUUGGAUAUAGGACAAUUAAUUGUGCCUACAUCUGCUCUGCUAGGGGUCAACAUAGUGUCUAUUCGACCUAUAGAGUGUGACUAAUAUAUCCAGUCAAACCUCUUACUCUUAGACAUAACUAAUUUUCUGGUAUUUCAUAUUAAAAGUUAUACCAGUAGUAAAAAUGGUACCGGUAUUCUUCAUGUGGACUCACUUUCACCCACUGUAGAGAGGUCUUGAAAUGAUGUCAAAGCUUGAUAGCUUAUCAUUAAGUUUUUUAAAGCACUAUGAUAUAUCACCUAGUCCAGAAAUGUUCUGUCAGCAAUAGUUGACAUGCCGCGCAACAGUGUUAUGAUGCAAAGAGGUGGCUGCCUCAGGCGGCCAUGUGAGAGACGGGGAGGGGCAUAUAGGCCCUACAUCGAUAAUAACAUAAUCUAAUCUUGUUUAAGGCUAGUAUUUUUUCCUCAUCCUUGAGGUUUUCCCUAAGUCUACCCAGCUCUGGCCUUAGCUGGGAAAAGUAAAGGUGGCUGGUUAUUGCGCUGGCCAUACACUCAAACUUGUAAAUGCUGCUUCAAUUGCCCCAAGGGAACUUUACUUCCCCAAGACUCGAAAUGCAUCCUACGACCAGCAGGGUUCCAAUUAAUUUUUUAAAUGCUUUUUUUAAUAUUUAGACCCAUAGUUACAACAGUGGCAGUAUGGCUUUUUGUUUCAAUUAGCACCAUUUUUUUUACAAGAGCUAAAAUUGUUGAUGAUAUUGAUAUGUUUUAAUUACGGUACCGGUAAGUUUAUUUCAUUGUCAUCACUAAGUGUUAUUUCAACUAUUUCUGGAGCGGCAUAUUUUGUCCAUACUUAUUAUGAUACUCAUUAGAAACUAAAAUUAAACAAAUAAAACGCGACAUAUUUUUUAGCUAAACAUUAAUACACAACUUUGAGAUAUAAAAUAUUUGAAGAAGUAAGUUAUUAAUAUUUAUUUGUUUAUUAGAGAAAAAACAAAUGGAUGUUAAAGUCUAUGAAUGGAAUUAUACAAAGAAAAUUAAACAGUCAAAGGAGCUUAAAGUAUAUCACAAUGUACAGAGUUAGAACAGCUGUACCUGGCUUAAACAUGGUUUAUGCGGCUCAUCUGCAUGUACAUGUUGUUUACAGUUUUUUGACGAAACUUGAAUGAACAUUCUAACAAAAUAGAUUGAAACUAGAAUUUUGAAUACCUAAGUUAUUGGACAGAAUGAAAAGUAUAAUAAAAUUGUACAAAUAAAAGUACAAUAAAACUAUAUGAAAAUAAUAAUAAUAAUAAUAAUAAAACUAUGUGAACAGAAUAAUAAAGCUAUAUAAAGAGUAUAAUUAUAAUAUUACAAUACGAAUUAACCUUUUUUUUUUUAAAAAAAUAUUUAUUUGUAAAAGGUAGCAUCCCGCGGGGAAUCGAAACCAGUUCUUCCGGGUGACAGGCGGAAAUACUUACCACUAUACUACCGAGGAGAUGCCUGCAAGCGAACUUUGUAUUUUAUAUUUAUAAUUUAAUUUAUCACAUUCUGCGAAUAAUGCCGAGCGUUAUCGGCAGACCGAAAUCUGCGAAUAACGGCGAGCGUUAUCUGCACAGAUCUGUGAAUAAUCACUUCGAUUAAUUAAUAAAGGAUAUUUAAUUUAAUAUUUUUAUUAGCCCAAAUCAAUGUAAAAUGUUAGCAGUUUGGAUUUGCAAUAAUAUGACUGAUUGCUACAUAUAACUAUAGACUAUACUAUAGUAAUUAGCCAAUAGCAGACUUAGGCAGCAGUGAUUCUUAAAGUUAAACUUAAAUAAUAUGGGUAAUGGGAUAGCCAUGGCAUUGGGCAUUAGGUCACUUAAAUGCUCUAUAUUUUGGGGUAGACAGGAAUUAUUUAUGACUCAGACAUAGGGCAUAGGGGUUUCUGAUGAAUUAAAUUUCAGGAAUAAGCGUUUUAAAUUAAAAUUAUGUCUAUGCUUUAGUAAAUGAAAAAGUCUGCAUGUCCAGCCUAACAUGCCUGAAAAUUUUUAUUAUUUUUGUGUGUGUGUAAGUGUAAACCCACAUCUAGAUGAUAUGGUCAUGGUUGGCCUACCUAGCUGAAAAUUUGUUUAUUUAGAAAAGGUUUAAAUAUAACAGGAAAAAAAUCUAAAAUGAUAAAAAAACUUGCAUCAGAAGGGAUAAAACAAUGUGAAUAUUUUAAAAUUGGUUACUAAGUGAAUCAGCAGAAUUACAUUUCUCAGAUUGCUAAGUUGAAAACAAAUUAGGGUGGUAUGAGUAUGAGGGUUAGUAUCAAUUAUGUAUUGUGGGAAAUUUUAGUUAAACAGCAUUGAUGAGAAUAGAUGCUUGUGAUGGCUGUGGAUUACAGAGAGGUGAAGGUCUAGUCAAAUUAGGAUUUUUUGUAGUUAUACCCUGUUGGGCAUAUGCUAAAUUUAUCAAUAAAGUAUGUGUCUUUAAAUUUUUUGUGCACAUAUGCUUUUGUCUGCUCAUCUCUACUCUGUGACAGUAGUAAUAUGAAUUUUAUAAUAGCUAUUUAGAUGUUUCAAAAUGAAACUUUAAUUUCUUUUUGUUUAUAAUUUUAGGAAAAGAAAGAUUCUUUACUUCAAAGAACACUGGAUGAAAGACGGAAACGAGAAGUAAUUUUCUUUAUUAUGCUUGAUUUUUAAAAAAAAUUUUUGCAUCAUGAGCAAUUUGAAACUAAAUGUCAAUUUGAAUCAAAUGGUAUAAAAAUAAAUGCUGUAAACUGAUAUUGGGAAAAUAACCUGCCGUUGUUUAAAUGAAUAAUUUGUUGUCUUAUAAAUUUAAAAUAUUAGACUUACAUAUUUAUUUGCAGGAGAUUAGAACCCAGAUUGCAAGUGCCACCUUGAUUCAAUCACAGUAUAGAGGCUACCUGAUACGAAAAAAUCUAGUAGGUCAAUGAAAAAAUUUAUGUUUGGUUACAUGUUAUUUUAUUAGGAGUACCUAUGGAUUAGUUUAUCAACCAAAAAUAGUCUUCUUGAGAUAAUGUUUGAAUAUUCUAAAAAAAUGUGAUUUUUAGUAACAUAUUUGCUCCAUAUUCUCUAGCACAUAUUAUAUGUUUGCCCAUUUGUAAAUAAACAACAUUUUUGCUACUAAAAUAUACACAGAAGACUAUUGUACACUUAAACUUAGUUAAACAAUUUUUAAAAUAUUAAAACGUCAAAGCAUUGGAAUUAAAACCUGGUAAAAUAUAUUCUUUUGUAAACUGAUAUUCAAAUCAGUUCUUAAAAUCCAACGUAGUUCUGUAACUAAGAGUUUGAAUUAAUAUUUUAGUGGAUGCAGAUGCGAUUGGAAUUUGACAGGAAAUUUCAGCCUUCAAGUAAUCAUUCCAAAUUGGACAUGACAACACUUCAAUGGUGCGUCUCUAAGUUGUGUUUUUUCUUCAAAGAAACAUUGGAUGGCCAACGUCUGGUAUGUCUAGGAAAAACAACAAAACACAGCUUUUUUUUUGUUUAAGACAAAUAUUUUCUGUCUUGAUAUUUAUAAGCAGUUGCCAUGACAAAUAUAUUUUGAAAAAAAAUGACACAAUAAUUGACAAUUAUUUUGUUGGUUAUGUUUCCUCUAAAGACUAAUCAAUAUAUUUUCCACCUACUUUUAAAAUAAUUACUUAAAUUUCAUGAUAAAUUGGACUUCAAAUAUUUACAAAAGUCUUUUCUUAAAUCAGAUUUCUUUAAGCCAGGAGUUGAUCAAACAUAAGGAUGAAUAUUUAAACAGUUUCAAUGGUGUAUCCUCAACAUUGUACAGGCAACUGAGUUCUUUUCUAAAAUUAAUUGUAAGGUAAGUUAGUAUGGUCAUGAAGAGCAGUAGUUAUCAAAGUGCGUGGACUUACCACCCAUAGGAGAUUGGGAUUGCUGGGUGGGGAAUGCUGAGAGAUUUUAAAGGGACACUAGGGUUACCAAAAGAGCUGGUUUUUAAUAUAAUUAAAUAAAUAUGCGAUGCUGUUGUGAUUUUAUCAGCAUCAUAUUAUUUACUUUCAUAAAACAUUUCUUAAACUGAAUACAAAAUUAUUUUGUCAAAGACUAAAUAAUUUUAUUGAGUCUAAUUCUAAGACUAGUGGAAAGAGUCCAAAAGAAUAUCCAUAUAAAAGAUACUUUAUCAAUUCUUUAUAAUUGAGUGGCUCUCCCUAUAUUCUUUACUUUCUUUAUCAGUGUGAAUUUCAUACAUAAGGAAAGUGGAUGAUUUUUAUCUAAAGACAUAUCCUUUAUGACAUUAUGUUGAUCUAAUUCUAGUGUUAUUUUUUUUAGAUAUCUUUUUGGCAUAGCAGAGUCAAACACUCAAAUAGCCAUUCCAAUGAGAAUGCUGGAAAUAUUUCUUUCACCAUCUACAUACAACAGUGUCAACCUUGGACCAUACACAGACAGUCAGAAGCUUGUCUCAAAUCUCUUACAGUGUCUUGUCAAUGGAGGUCAGUUAUAAUGUGUCUAUGUCGAAUGUUUAGAACAAUCUACUUUAUUUGCAAUCAAUCUUUAUGGAAUAGUAAAGGAGUAAGGCUCAGAUGCUUACAAAAAGUUUAGGCUAUUGAAUUACCAUGUGUUAUGUCAGCUUAUAUAAUAUGUUGUUAACUAGUUUAUGAUCACUGGGUUUAAACACCUUUCAAAGUUUCAAAUUUAUUUUAAAAAUUAAAAUUUGAACUUAAUGGCACGGCCAACGGAUUUAAUUGUAGCGCUAUUUGAAUGAAUUAUUUUUGUAAAAAUUUCUUGUUAAUCACCGCAUUAUUUGUUGUCAACAUGUCAUUUUUGUCUCUAACAAUCUUAUUGUUCACAGGCUACUUUAGUUGUCUGCGGAAGCUAUUAAACAGCAGAGUACCAACAAGUCUGGAGAAGAAUUCUGUUCCACCCACACCGAUAGCUGCAUCUAUCUUUGAUCUCAUCAUGAGUCCUGUCAGUUUUGCUAUCUCAGCAGAAAAUAAAACUUUCAAGUAAUCAUUGAAAAUCUUUUUUUCAAACUUUUAAUAAAGUUCAAAAUUAUUGUAAUAGGGUAAAAUGUACACCAAUUUAUUAUGAACAUUCACUUUUAUUCAAAUUUGUUUGUCCAAUUUAUCAAUAAAAAUUAUAUUUCUCUUUAUUGGACAGACAAGAUAUACUGAGAAAAGUCACCAAAACCUUUCUCUGCGAGCAAUACACUGAACAGAUAGCAUUGUUUCUGCUUCCUGCUAUGGCCUAUGGCAAAUAUCCAUUUCCAUUUGUAGAACUGAUUCAGACAUUAAUUGAAGGGUUGGUGGUGCCAUCAUUGCCAUUGAAAGACAUAAGAGAGUCCCCAUCUCCAUCAUCAUAUGCCAACAGUUGGGAUGAUGAGCAAGAUAGGACGAGCGAGGGAGACACCCCUUGGUUAUUGGUGUCGGUCUUGAUGCUAGCUAACAAAGAACUAGGUAACAUCAAGUUUAAGAACUUUAAAAGUUUUGUUUCAUUGGAAUUUUGCGGAAGGUAACAAGUAGAUAUAAAAAGAUUUAUGAAAUUCCUCCACUGUAAGUUUUUCAAGUUUAUUGUAUUCUAUUGAAACAUUUAAAACAGUUUGAUUUUUGAUGUUGCAGAUAACUUAGAUGUCCAGACUUGUGCAUCAUAUCUAAAACUUUUGCACAGAUUAUUGAAACAACUGCCGCAAAGUAGACAUUCUAUUUUAAGUCUCAGUGACUCGUCAGAUUCAGAGGAAGAUAUGGAUGAUGAUAUGGUAAGAGGGAAAAGAAGAGUUUUUAUUUUCUAAAAUUCAUUGUUUUAGCCUGUGUAAAGAAAUCCCAUACAACUUAACAUCAGAUCUGUUAACAUCUCAUACUUUUUUUCUGGGAAUUUAUGAAAAAUUACAAGUAAUGUUAAAUUUUGAAAAACUUUCAAAAUAGCUUUAAUGAUUGGAAGCCAGUAAACGAUAAUAAUUUGUUGUAUCUCAUAUGAAAAUUACUGAUCUCAAUGCCAACUUUUCCUUUUAUCAGGAUGAGGGAUUAUCCACUCUGUUCAGUUUGCAUGCUGAAAGUCUGCGUCUUAUUGAUUCUGAAGCUCAUCUCAAGUGUAUCUUUAAUGUGUUAGUAAAUCUCCCGGCAUCAGAAUACAUCGAGUCUCUAGCCUCCAUUGCUUAUUGCUUGCUAGCUCAUCAGAAAUUGGCCAUGCAUAAAGUCAGGUCAGCUUUUUAACAUAUGUUUUCUUUUAUUGUACAUUUACUUACUUUAUGUUUUAUUUGAACAGACUUAAAUACUUUAAACGGUAUUGCCAUUACUUAGUAAAUGUUGUUUAGUGGCUGGACAUAAGUGAGGAUUUAUAAUUUUUUUACUAAAGCCUCUAAUCCUCAGGCUAAGUGCUAAUUGAGUCAGUAUUUCAAAGCCUUUGUCUUGUUGUCUCUUGUUAUUUGUAACACUUCCCACAUUUUAUGCCUCUUAAUUUGUUUCAAUUCAUAUUUCCCCUUCAUUCAGGUUGCUUUAUAUUUUGGCGUUUAACCCUCAGUUCAUGAGAAACCUCUGGGAGGCCUGCUAUGCAGCAUCUGUUCCUACUGUUACUAGGUAUCUUCUUCCAUUCUAUUUCACAAAUACUGAAUUUUUUUUAAGUAGAGCACUUUUUAAAUAAAAUAAUUAGACCCAGAAAUGUUAAAGAUGGAAGAUGACAAAACUAAGAUUACAGUGACAUAUGCAGUCUUCAUUAAAGAAGAAAAUGUGAAAUUUGAAUCCAUAUGGAGUACUUAUUAUUUAUCUGGUAGAAAUUAUACAUUUUUUUUGGUUUUGAAAAUAUUCUGUAUUAAAUUAACUCAUACAUCUCUGGCCAUUGCAAAAAUGUAUAAUUCCAAAAUUGAAUAGUCAAAGUAUGGCUUGGGCUUGGUAUCAUAGAUGGCACUAAAAAAAGAUAAUAAUAAAAAUACAAGCUUUCUUGGAAUUGAAAUCUGUUUCAGAUCCAGCACAUCCCUGUUGAACAUGUUAUCUAAAGGAGUACCAAUGUCAAGGACUAACAUUGCCAGAAUAGUUCCCCUGCUGUCUACAUUCUGUUGUUUGUUUAACCAUUCACUGCUCACACUGCACGAUGGAGACUUCUAUGGAGACACUGAUGGUAGGGAGACACCUAAACAUAUAUAUUUUUUAUGCUUAUAUCACUAAACCAGAUUUAGCUGUAUAGAAAGCAUGUGAAUAAUGUUCACAUCUUCAAGACACAUUCAGACCUGUUUACUCUUAUGAUUUUGGCGUACAAUGUAUGAUUUUGAGUUGUAUAGAUUGUAUACACUGUAUGUUUAUUUUUUACUAUAAAUAUAAUGUAUUGAACGAUUUUGUGAUGAUAUUGUACGAUUUUAAGAGUUUGAGGUUAACAGGUCUGCACAUUUUUUUUCCUUUUAUAAAACCUUUUUUUUUUUUUCCCUGUAAAAAAGCAACAUUUGAAAUAUUUUAGGAAUAACUCACCUGCACUUCAAACUCUUCUUCUUGUAUGGUUAAUCUAAAUGUUACAAAACAAAAAAAAUUGUUUAAAUUUUGUGAUGAUAUUUUACGAUUUUAAGAGUUUGAGGUUAACAGGUUUGCACAUUUUUUUUCCUUUUAUAAAUCCUUUUUUUUUUUUUCCCUGUAAAAAAGCAACAUUUGAAAUAUUUUAGGAAUAACUCACCUGCACUUCAAACUCUUCUUCUUGUAUGGUUAAUCUAAAUGUUACAAAACAAAAACAAUUGUUUACCAAAUGGGUCCUGAUAAGAACUUAAGUAAAAUAUGUGGGGCUGUGUGAUGUGAGUUCUAAAUGUUAGUAAAUUUAUCCAUAACAAUAACUAUUUUAUUCUUCAUUCUUAAAAAAAAAAAAAUCCUAUCCCUUUGUACAGUAUGUACUGUUUAAAGUAAUAAUAAAUCAUAUAAUGGGACAUUUUUGUGUAUUCUAUUUCCCCCUGGGGCUCUGGUCCACAUGUCUGUAGUGGCACUACCCGGGAACAUAAUCUCCAUUGUGUAAUCCUGCGUGGGCAGACAAAGGUCAUGCAUGGUAUCUGCUGAAAUGGUUACAAAUACAUUGCGAACUGUACCCAUUGCCAUCUGUCUUUAUCUGCAGUUAAAAUAAAGGUAGAAACACGGUAGGGAUCAUGAUUAAUAUGUUGCGGAUUACAGAGAUGAGGCAUGUAGUGGGUAAUGGCUGUCUCAUGCCAAUGAUUCUAUACACACUGCUUCUGAGGUAACCGUUUCAUCCCAGCUAUUUCGUGAACUAUUUACAAGGUAGAAACCCACUGUAAUAAAUCCUAUUAGAGGGCAUCUGUCACUUCUAGGGAAGGGGGAGAUAUUAAGGCAUAAAUGCACCAUCCCGAGCCCCUGGGAAAGUUGAUUUCUGGUUCUGUGAUAGCAGCACUACCAGCCGACAGGAGGUCCUUGGGCUGAGAUGGCCCCCAUAAAUCUAGGCUAUAUAGUGAAGUUAUGGGCGGGGGACUGUCUUAGCAGGACAUCAUGACCUUAUAGUUACAGAAAUUUUUAGGCUUGAAGGGGGAUGCUUUGGAAAGGACAUUAAGAGCGUUGGCUUGACACUUGCUGACACCAUUUACUUUGUCCUAAUGUAUAUUCUAUCACUCUUCAUAAAUUAAAAAUUGUUUUAUCGAAGUAUCAGAUGCAUCAAUUAUAAUUUUUAUUCAAGUGGGAAAUAAUUUAGCAUUAAUCUACUUUCACGCCAUAAUUUGAUUAUUUUUCAGCCUCUUCCUCGAGCAUGCCCUUUUCUUUGGAUGAAAUUGUGUUAAUGUGUAGAUGCUUGAGAGACACAUGUUUGGGGAUCAUUGAACUUGCCCAUCCAGACUCUCGUGUCACCAUCAGCAAUGACUAUAAACAGGUAUAUACUACCUCUAUUAAUAGAGACAAUUAUAUGUUGUUAAAAGUAUUGAUUGCUCUCCAGCUCGUACUGGAGUUGUACAACCUGACGCCAAAAAAAAUUUAUACUCUUUAAAAAAAUAAAAAAUCACUUCUGCCACUGUACUAUUUUGGGACUUUGAGAGGAAAAAAUUGUUUGUGGGGUGUGUGUGUGUAAAGAAGCUUUUUGAUAAAGUUGACUGGUCCUCUUUGAAAUCAAAUAUUUGUGAACUAUGAUGAGAAUUUACAAAUUAUGUACUAUUUAUUUAUGAUAGUUAAAAUAUUAAUUUGUCUUAUAAUUUAGGCACUCCAGAAAACUGGAGCUAUGGACACAAACCAAGAAGAUGAUGACAGAGAUGGUACACAACAAUGGGCAUACCUUUUUAAGGUACUAGUUUAGUUAUGUUUGAAAAUCCUAGUUUUAAUUAUUUUAUAUCUCUAAAAGCCCUGUAAGAACAUACUGGUGAACAUCAAUUAGAAGAAAAUGUUUGAAUGUUUUAAAAGAAAUUGAUAAUCUGCAUUUACAGCUAUAAAUGUUUUAAAACAUAAAUAAACGAGAAAGGUCACUUCAUGUUUGAAGCAACAGAUUUGUUUCAUUAUUAGUUAUUUGAAUUAUCCAAAUAAUAAAAUGUAUAAUUAUUUUCAGGUUAUAUCUACAUUAGUUCGACAGCUUCAUAGCAGAGACAGUCGCCGUUCAUUUUGUCCAUCUGGUCAUUGGUUAGCUCCAAAUGUAAACAUCCGCACAGAUCGGGUAAAUAUUUGAUCUCAUUGUUCCUAGACAGAGCUUAUCAUUUUUAUUUGUGUAAGAAAGCGGUGAAUCUUACAAGUGUAAUUGUACUCCCUGUUAAAUUAGUUUCAACAGUAUUUUGUAUUAUUAAUUUAAGUAAUCUGGAGUUACAAUUAUUGCUAUAAUAAGAUAUUUGUUUAAGUUUACUAAGUGAGAGAACUGAAGAUUUAAGUUGUCAUGGUUAACUAGAGAAAAUGGAGCUUCAGCUUUUCUAAUAGAUUAAAAAUGCACAAAAACAAGUCAAAUACUUCAGUAGAUUUUAAGGGAAAAAACUAUUUUAGGAAAAUAAACAAAUUGACUCCCUUUCAUGAUAUUUUUAAAAUAAAAGUUAGGCAAUGGAUUAUUUCACCAGCGUUCCACUGACAUAAGAUAUUUUGUUUUGAUUUUCUUCAAGCCAUCCCAGAUUUAUUCAUCUCAGAAUGCCAUCUUUACCAGAAGGGACUUUGGAACUCUCAGCUCAUUAACCAAAGCAAAUACUGGUACUGGUAAAAAAUAUUUCUUAAAAAGUAAAUUGCAAAACCAUUUGCAAAAAUAUUUUUCUAACGAUAUUAUAAUGAAGAAAAAGAUAAAAUCUAAAUUUUUAAAAAUAAUAUUAAUUUAAAGAAUAUGAAUUAACACUAAAAAAAAAUUUUGUGUAAGGAAGAUAUUUUGGGAUUCUCAAUGAUAUUAAAACCCCAGGGCUCAAUCUCAAGGUAUAUCAUAUUUUAAAAUUGUUUGUUCCUGUUAGAUACAGAUGCUCCGCCUCUUGCCAACCGUGAUGUUCGAAACCUUGUGAUAUUAACUGAAUUGCCCUUUGUUGUGUCGUUUUUAGAUAGAGUGAAGGUAUGCUGCAUAGUUAAUUAGAUUUGAUUUUAGAUAAACCUACGCUGUACAGUAUAAUAGAUAUGAUUUGGAUUAAAACAUUUUAAAUGCUUUUUCAGUAGUGAAUAUUGCUUGAUACCCUUUUUAACAUGACAAAUUAAAAACAAAACAGCUAAAUAAUUAAUUCUAGCAGAUAAAAAAUGUAUUUAAAUGAAAUUAAAUUAUGGCGUGAUUGGAAAGCUACAUUUCAAUCACCAUGGUGAAAGAAAUUAUUGUUUUGUACACAGAUACUACAAAACCUGAUCAUCGUGGACAAGAAGGAACACCAGGGAGAGUUGAUCAGUUUUGGAAUGGGACCUUCCAUUAACAUAAACAUCAGGAGGAACUUUAUCUAUGAAGAUGCUUAUGAAAAGCUAUCCCCAGAAAAUGGUAAAACAAGUCAAUAUUAGUUUUACAGCAUUGAUGUGAAGGACACCUAUUGAAAUUAAUGUGCCAGAUGAUUGCUAAUUGGGGAACUAUAGUUAUGGUCAUGCAUUCCAAUAAUAAUAUUUGAAUUUUCCCCAAUCUAGUGACACAUUAUUUUUUUUAUGGCAAUAAAAUUGAUGAAAAACAAAAUUUAAGGGAAUUAUUUGUUUAAAGUUAAAGAUAUAAUAAUUUGGAAGUGUACCAAAAAAAUGAACAAAAUUUUAUAUACAAAUAGUUGGGAGCAUUUUCAGUGAAUUUACGAAAACAGUACAAAGAAUGACAAAUUGAAAACUUAAAAAAGAACUUAUUUUAUGUUGUGUUUGUGAGAAAACUGCCCAAUAAUCAAAUAGUAGCCUACUCCCCCGGUACUAAAAUAAAUAUUGAAAAAAGGAUGUACUAUGUGAUUGAACGUAAAUAAUAAUGGUGGCGGAGAAAAAGUUAACAAGUUUACGAAAACAAGUCAAUCAUGCAAUGAAGUGUCAGUCCUGAAAGUGUGGAACAAUUUAUUCUCAUACCCCACCAUGGCUGGUGGCUUGGUGGAAGAAAAAAUAACCGUUAUAGACACUAGUUGUACCUUUGUGAUCCCUUUUAUUGAUGCACGUUGCAAAGGUGUUGGGUGAAUCUUAUCUACUGCAAGUAGAGAAAUAAUGGCGUAAUGCCAUUGCUAUUGUUAAAUGAACAACCAUCUUGUAAGAGAAAUCAGCCCUCAGGGAAGUUAAUCUAAUGAAUCUGGAUGGCAUAAGGCAUAAGGGCUACGUCCAUCGGGGUCUGUUCCUAAGUGGGAUAGGGUUGCUGAGAGGUAGCUUUGAAUAAGAUCAUGUAAAUUUCUAUCUUGUCUGAACAUGAGGGAUUGAGGUGAGAAAAUGCUGUGUUCACCACAGGCAGGAAUGAGAAAGGUAUGCUUUUUUUACAAAAAAGUUCGGCAUUUUUUUAUUUCUAUUUUAAAUGGAGACUGGCAUCUGAAAUAUAUCUUUGAACUCUUAAAGAAAAAGGUCUAUAUCUUAUUUUUAUUUUUCCUAAACAGAACCAAACUUGAAGAGGAAGUUGAGAGUUAGCCUGCUUAACGUCGCAGGACUUGAUGAAGCUGGUAUUGAUGGGGGUGGCAUUUUUAGAGAAUUUCUGUCAGAACUUCUCAAGACUGGAUUUGAUCCCAAUCGAGGGUUUUUCAAAUAUACAGAGGACCGGGCUCUCUACCCCAACCCUGAAGCUGGUCUCCUUGUAGAGAACUUUACAGCACAUUACUUCUUCUUAGGUCGGAUGCUGGGCAAGGUAACUAAUAGAGUGUUUAUGGGAAAAUUGAAAGCAUGCUACUUAUUGUUGAAUAGUAAAAUGAAAUCAGAUAUUACUUUUCAUUUUUUUUUACUUUUGAUAUUUAAGCUGUGCAAAUUUAAAAUUACAUAGGAGAUUCCGUGAUGCUGGAGAUGGCCCCAUUCAAUUUUGCUCUCACUUCCCUAAAUCCAUGAGAUUGUUUCUUUAACUGCCACUGGUUUAUAUUUUAUAUUUUAUGGCAUUAACUUGGUCAUGCAUUCAUUUUGAUAAUUUAAAAAUGAUAAUGUAAAAUUAUUUCUAAGAAGAUUUUUUUUUACAAAUUAAACCAUAAUCAGAUGUAAAAAUCGUCAUGACAACCUGCAAAUUCAAAAUCCUGUAUCAUUGCCAAAAUAAAAAAAAAUAUUUAUAAAAAAAGAAAAAAGACAAUAGUUUUCUAUCAAUUUUUUUAUCAGGUUUUCAAUCAGUUCAUGUCUUUGUGCAUAAAAAGCAAUCUUUUCCCUGUUAUGUUAUUUGUGAAUUCUAGAUUGUUUUUAUAAAUCACAAACAACUUGGGGUCUCUGAUAGUUGUAAACUGUAUAUAGAUGUGAUUGUGUCACCAAAAACCCUGAUUUUACUUUCAUUUGCACUUUAUUAUCAUUUUUCUCAAGAUCUACCUCUAUUAUUGUGAAUGUGAAGCAAGAUUAUCAAAUUUUUUUUAUUGUUGUACAGAUUAUUUAAAUUGUUUCAGUUUUAAUUUCUUUUUGAGGUUAUGCUCAGGAAUGUAUAAUUAACAGCUUUCCCCUGGACAGAGAAAUAAAGAGAACAUUAGCAUGCAAUUUUCCCAGGUGUUCACCCAUUACAUCGCAUAGAAAACUGCUCUAAGUAAACAAUAAUUAUGAAUUAAAAUAAUAAGAAACAUGCUUUUUAAGAAAAUACUUUUACUGGAAUUUAGGCUAAUGAUAGUGUUUUAAAAUAAUACAUAUUAAAAGAAGAAUUGCAGACACUUUUUAUCGUGUUAGAUUUACGUGAAGGAGAAUUUAAUUUUAAAAAGGUUAAAAUUUUUACUUUAAGGCUUUGUUGGAGAAUUUGCUGGUGGAGAUUCCCUUUGCUUCCUUCUUCCUAUCAAAAAUAUUGAGCCCAGGAAAUGCCAGUUUGGAUAUUCAUCAUUUACAGUCUAUGGAUCCUGUUAUGUACAAGUGAGGAUUCUUUAAUGUUAAUAUCUACUCCUUUCUAUUAUUAUUAUUGCUGGCAGACCUUGUUUGAAUAAUAAUUAACAAAAUGAGACCCACAAAUAUGAGAACAAUUAGUGUGGCUGUAAGGACCCUCCUGACUUUUCCGUUUGGGAAAGAAGUGAAUAUUUCAAACAGAGUGUCACUAAAAUUAAAAAGUAGAACAUUAACUACUGUUUUAUUGAGAAAGAGUGUGUUAUAGAGAUAUUUUAAUACCCUGGGUAAAUGCAAUUUUCAAGAGUUCAUAGACCAAGCUCUGUUAAUAUUACUGAAAUACCUUGACUGAAAUAUAUAAAUCUGCCUGAUAUUCUUAUAUAAAGUGAUCAUGGGACUGGUGCCGGCCAUCCCAGCAGGCACGUACCUCACCCCACAGAAGCCGGGUAGACUGAUCAGAGCAAAAUGCUCCCUGAACACUGACUUCACCACUGACAUUCCCAUAAACAAUUACACCCGAAACAAUAGCAAAUGCUUCAAAGUGCCUCAGUGCAACACAGUGCAGUAUCAACAAUCUUUCUUCCCACGCACAAUAAUAGCAUGGAACCACCUUAACGAUGCCACUGUGAACUCGACAUCGGUCGAAAGUUUCAAGGCUGCCCUGGCAUCUGCUAGGAGCUUUUAGAAUAGCAGACCUGUUUACUCUUACGAAUUUGGCGUACAAUGUACGAUUUUGAGGUUAUAAAUUAUAUAUACUACAUGUUUAUUUUUUACUAUUAAGAUAAUGUAUUGAACGAUUUUGUGAUGAUAUUGUACGAUUUUAAGAGUUUGAGUGUAAACAGGUCUGGAAUAACAACAUCAUACCCCCAACCGUUGCAAAGAUGCCAGUACAUGGAUGCAGCAACGAACACUUCCAGAACCAGAAGAAUAAUUACCAUUCACCACCAUUUAUUCAUUUCAAAUGCAUAAAUACAUUGCAAUUUUCAAGACAUGGCAGUUGUAUUGAGGCGUAGAUUAUUGAAGUAUUGUUUUAAUUUUUCAGAAAUUUACUUUACCUUAAACACUACGAUGGUGAUGUCUCAGAUCUGGGUCUUGACUUCACUGUGGUCAACAGUGAAUUUGGUGAAACCAAGGUAAGCAUUUUAUGUGUGCCUAAUUGUAUUUCAUUUAUCAACUGCAGCACUGUAUUGAUUUCUAUUGAGAAAGGUAAAAUAAAUUGGAAUCUUUGAAUUACCAGUCCUUAGUGCUCAGUUAGCUCUACAGAGCUAAACAGAUUUUUAAAACGGUCUUUUAAGUUUAAGCUACCUUAAAUUAUUUUUGUGUGGCUUUGAAGUAAUUUUUGGUUUUUCUUAUCAAUGCUAUGUUGUAAACCAAGAUAAAUGAUAAUUUCAAUAAAAAUGUCCUACCAUUAACUGACUCGUACUUAACAUGCUAAAGGAAAACUUGCCUCCCUGUCUGUUUUAAAAAUGCUUAUGUUAUUUUAAAAAAGGAAAUAAAAUACAAAACAAGUAAUGUCGUCGUUUAUUUAAAUUUUUAUUAAAUAAUGAUAUAAAAAUGAACAAAAUGCUAUAUUCACUAUAAAAAAAUAAUGUUAUUUAGAGAACAAUCUUUUAAUUAUAAUAUCUGAAGUUGACUAUCGUUGUAUUUUCAAAAAUUCACAACCUGUCACCCUAACACGCUAGUUUUUAUUAUCUGCACUAGUAUUAUUAUCUGCCGAUGUGCAACAGUUUGGAAAACCGUACCGAACUGAACUCUGGUAAAUUUUUAACAAAGAAAAAUAAAAACAUACAUAUUUCUAUUUUAAAGCUUCUCUUGUGAGUGCAGUGGUUAAUUUUAGCUGACGAAGGUAUGGUAAUUAAGUUGGUAAGCGCCCCUAAAGAGCGUGGUAUGUGACUAUAAGCCUGUCUUGCCUUCCCCUGGUGUAGAGGACUGGCGCCGGUGGGAAUUUGUGAGGCGACAGCAGGCGCUAAAGGCAGUAGAGGGUUGAUGAAUCUGAAGUGUAAAUAUUAAAAUCCAUUCACAUCACAAUUCGAUGUCCAUCACAACCUAAUUCUUGCCCUUGCUAAAACCUAGCUUAAAGAAACUGCUCUAAGCAAGGCAUGAAGGUGCACCAUCUAAAUCAUUUUUGCUAUAAUCUUCAUGGUAGUGCACCGUAUGGAGAGAAAAAGUUAAAAACCACCUAUGUUUAAUUAUUUACAAGCAAAAAGCUUUUUAAAUUCGCUCAAGUUUAUUUGAGAAAUAAAGUAAAUGAUAUUACAGGCGCUUUCUGUUUUUAAAAAAUCUAAAUUUGUCUGAUCAGGUUGAAGAGCUGAAGCCCGGAGGUCGAAGCAUUCAAGUUACAGAUGCCAACAAAAUUGAAUACAUACAUCUGAUGGCAGAUUAUAGAAUAAAUAAACAGGUGAGAGUUUAUGGAAAAAACAACUCAAUUGUAGGUCAUAGAAGUUGGUUACGUUAAAACUAAAUAACAACAAAGAUUGAAAUUUAAAAACAAAUCAGUUACUGUCAUGAUCGACUGGGAAGUUAUCCAUUUUGUGGCUAGAAGCCGAUCAAGGCAUCAAGCGGGGCUCUGCAAUAAGAUACUGGUGUAUAAAAAUAUAAGACAAUAUCCAAGCCAAUUUCAUUAUUUGAAACCCAAAUCUUAAAUAGGUCUUAGGUCAGUCUUUAAUGCAUUGAUAAGAUUCUUAUAGUCUUUUAAAAUGAUUGAGAUUAUUUGUUUCUGUGGCGUGACUCUUAACUUUUAACUAAAAGGAUGUCUAUCAAGCUGAAUGGUGGAUCUUUAUUUGAUGGAAUUAAAACUUAAAAAACUGUAAGCAUUUAAAAAAUGAAUAUAGUGAAGAUGUUAUCUAACACUCAAACAAUCUUGAGUUUAUUGUGCAGAAUUUAUUAGAGUUGUGAUUGUCUAGAACUGGUUGUAAUAAACUUGACUGGGCCCAAUUUUACGGAUACUAAUGGACAGGUCUUUAUAACUUAUGAUUGGUUAUACUAUAAAUAAUAUACUUGUUCAUAGGUCACACUUUUUUACCAAAAAUUUUGAUAAAUAUCGAGUGCGACCACCUCACUCAACAUCAAUUUCACUUACUGUUUUUCAAUGUGGAGUAGUCAUAUAUUAAUGAAAAUUCUGAGAAUUGUGUUCUACCUUGCUCUCACUUUGGCUAAAGCAAAAGGCAAUCUGUUGAAAAAAAAAUGUUUCUUAACCCACAAACUGUCAAAGUCAAGCUUGCUGUGGUGUCAACUCUUUUAGUAGCUUUCAUAUGUAUCACUAAAAUAUCAAAAACGAAUAGAAAAUGAAUCCAGAGACCUAUAUAAGUAUAGAUAUCCUGAGAGUAAAGUGGACAAGGAAUGAAUCACAUGGUAUGAAUUCUGUGAGCUGUGUGAAAUGAAUAUGACCUUGACCUUUCCACAGUAAAUACAAUUGUGGUACUGUUUAUCUUUUUUCAACUUACACCCACAUAGACUGUUGGGUCCUGUUCAGCAUCUAUAUAAAUAUAAGUUUUUCCAGACAAAUCAAACGUUAUUCUUUCAGUUUAGAAAAUAUAAAGUUAUUUACCUUUAUAGAAAUUUUUAAAAGAUUAUUCUUGACCUACAUAUUUCUUUAUAUACUGCCUAUUAAGCUCAUUAGUACCCUAUUUUCCACUCCUUCCACCAAUAGUACUUGAUUAGCCUUUACACGAGUAUAUACGAAGUUAUUUUAUAAAUUAUUCUCAUUUUCAGAUACGUCCCCAUUGUAAUGCCUUUAGGCGCGGCAUGAACGAUGUCAUACAACUUGAGUGGCUGCAGAUGUUCAACAGUGGUGAACUACAGGUCCUUAUUUCUGGUGCAGCUGUCCCAAUAGACCUUGUGGACAUGCGACAACACACCAAGUACUCGGGUAAGAGUUGAAGGCCUGGCUCUUUAUUGUACUGAAACAUUAACAAUUUUUGUUAUGAUUCAUUCGUUUUUUUUACAGCUUGAUUUUGUCAGUAGACUUUCCUUUUUCCAGGAUUUGUUAAACCUCAAAAAGGAUCAAGAGAUUGAAAACAAAGUAUUUAUAAACAUAGUUAAGAAUAAUUUCACUGUCCUCAAAUGUAUAGUUAAUAUUGUUCUUGAUCUGUAAUAUUCAGGCAUCAACAGAGCACUUAUUAUAAUAAGAGAGAUAUAGGACUUAACAUUAUUUAACUCCCUCUUUGUUUUUAACAUGCAUAAAAGCUGGGCCCUGGGUAGGCAUUUUUAAAACUUGUCCAACAGAAUCCUUUUAAAGUUCAUUGGGGGGGGGGGGGGGGGGGGGGGGAAUGUUUGCGGCAUUCUACAGUUACAAUGAGUCUCAGAAUAAUAAAAUGUCUUCCUUUUCUAAUCUAACAAUACCUGAUUAAAUUUUUUACCCUGUUUUGUCAAAACCAGUAACUUAUGAAGUUAUUAAAUGAUGAUUUUUCUCAACAGGUGAAUAUACAGAUGAUCACCCUGUUAUUCAAACUUUUUGGUCUGUUGUCAACGAAUUUACUGAUAAGCAAAAAAGACAACUGCUCAAAUUUGUCACCAGUUGCUCUCGGCCACCUCUACUUGGCUUCAGGGUAAGUCAAUAGAUCACAUCAGUUGUCAGAUAUCAACCACAUCAGUUGUCAGAUAUCAACCACAUCAGUUGUCAGAUAUCAACAACAGGAAGUGAUUAAAAUUAUUGAAUUCAAAUCUGGAGGUCUUUAACAUGACUACUUUCCAUAACUACUUUGUGAAAGCGCUAAGCAUGAAUGAAAUCCACAUUCAGAAAAACAAUACAUGCCUUAAUGUUGUUAUAGUAGUUUAAAAUUUUUCAGAAAAUCUAGGAUGAAAUCUAGGCAGCCAGAUUUAUUAAUGACUCUUUUAAUUACAUGUUUUAAGAUUUUUAAAUUAUUUGAUUAGAGAUAUUCUAUCUGUAUACACCUUGAAAAUCCAUUCACACAUGUGACUUUGUUAUGCAAAGAAAGCAAGAUCGGCAAGUAACUUCCUGAAUUGUGGGUCAUUUUGCUGUUCAGUCUUGGUUGGUUUGAUGUGACAAUGAUACCUGCAAAUUUAAGUGCAGAUCUCCUCCCAAAUAGUGCGACCCACUUGAUUAAAACCCCUCCCAAGUAAUGUAAUAAAAUAUAUUCUGAUUAGACCUUACCUCAGUAUGACAGACAAUAUUAAACCACUCCCUAGUAAUAUGCUGGUAGCAGGUAAAAGAAAAAUCAACUCUAGAAAGAAGUCACUUAUUUACUUUCAACUGUCAAUAAUUUGUUUGUUUGUCUACCCAGGAUCUCUAUCCAGCCUUCUGCAUUCACAGUGCAGGCGCUGAAAUUGACAGACUUCCCACUGCCAGCACAUGCAUGAACCUCCUCAAAUUACCUGCUUUUCAAGACUCCAACACCAUGAAAACUAAAUUGCUCUAUGCUAUAGAAUCUGGAUCAGGCUUUGAGCUCAGUUGACCUGUGAGACUCUGUUUUGUUACACAGCUGAGAUCAAAAAUAGAUGACAGAACUAUUUUAUUAUGCAGCUGAUAUACAAAAAAUUGAUGAUAAAUCUUCUUAAUUACAUUAAAAACCUAUCAAAUCAAUUUGAUAUUUUUUCAUUGUCAAAAAAAAAAAAAAUAAGUGACACAGGAGAUGGUCUAUUGAUAGCAUUAAAUAUAUUACAGUGUCCAGGGCAUAAAAUAAAAACUGCACUUCUAAUUUGCAACUGAAAUACUUUUUACCUUGUGUUUUUCUUUGUUUUAAAAUUUGGCAACAUUCUUUGGUCUGAUUUUUACACAAAUAGAUGGAGUAAUCUUAAUGUAUCCAACCAUCAGUUUUCAACUGAUUGAAACAAAUUUAGAUCAAAAUGGAAGGCUUUUUUUUUUCCAACAGUUCUUCAGGGUUUGGAGAUAAUGAAUGACAUAUUUCCAGAAAUAAAUUCCUUAAUUGAUCAUUCAUUUGUUAAAUCUGUUUGACUGGAAUAAUUUUCAAAAUAUAAUUUUAAAAACCUAAUAAUUAUUGAUGCUUCUUUCUUUGAUGUUUGAGCAUUUUUUAAAGGGUUUACUCCACACAAGAGUUGUCCUGCUGGACUGAUGAUUCCAUUCCACCUGGCUAUCAUGGAUGGGUCAAACCCAUUAUAUACAGGUUGUGAAGGAGAUGCUAUACUGGUGCACCUAUAAAAUGAUACAAGUACUAGAUGUUUGAACAUGUGAUAAAAAAAACUAACUUUAUAGUUUAUAGCAGUAACAGCUGAACAUAUUCCCUACAAUUUCUAAAAAGAAAUUUCAUCAGUGAUUAAAUUAUAACUACCGUUACAUAGGAUAUAUAUCACAGUAGUAACUGGGAAUACACAAUUUUAAAUGACAUACAUGUAGAAUGAGUUGUAAAACUGUAUGGAUUAUAUGAAGAUAAAAUUAAAUAACGUUAUUAUUCAUUUAUUUAUUUAUUUAUAUAUUUUUUUUACCUAUUAAUGGGUUAUUCUUUCAAUACCCCAUGUUCAAAUUACGUCUGACAGUUUUCUUGAUGAGCUGGCCACAAUGAGCAUCUUGGUAAACUACGUCAUAUGUUUUAUUAAAAAAAUAGACAUUGUUUGAUUGAUUACAGGUAUUUUUGCUAUUUAAAUGAUACUACUGCAGCCUCAUAUUUUGAAUGAAAUACCAGUACUUGUUUUUCUAUCCUUAAAUAUGCACAUUUUAAAAAGAUAAUUUACUAUGCUGGAAUUGAUAUCUAAUUUUUGUGUAUCCUAAAUUGUAACAUAACUAUCACACUGCUACAUUGGAUGCUCAGUGGUCUGUUAUAAAAAAUGAAGUGCAGUUUAGCAAAUGGGUUGG